AAAUAAGCUGUUGUCACGGUGAGCCCACACUACACUAACCGUGUCCUCAAAACAACAUCCUUUGAUUUAUCUCUCUCUUUCCAUCUCGCUGCUCAACCCACUCUGUCCUCUUUAUCUGCCUCUUCAUCGCUCUCUAGCUACCUUUCAGCUGAUGGAGCUUAUUGUGGACACUGGACAAAUAGGCUUAGGAGCAUCACUAUGGCAACGGCGAAUCGUAAAAAGCUACACAAGCACUUCAUCAGGGGCCGUGAUCCAAUGGCUCCCAUUGGAGAUGGUGCCCCCAACCUCCGGCAACAAGUAAAGGCAGGCCAGAGAGGCUCCUGGGAGGUGGAGGAGAAGGAGGAGGAGGGAGAGGAGGAGCAGGGGAGAGAGGUGGAGAUAAUUCUGUGGGACUGUGAGGAGGACGGGAGUGCAGAGAGAGGAUCCAUUUCUCUUCUCUCUCUGCUUUCCAUUCAGCCAGGCUCGUCUCUGCAGCAUACACUGAGAUUCAGAUUUUGGUUUUUAGUUUUUUUUUUUGGACUCCAAGAAAACUUUCAGAAAGGAGGAAGAAGAAGAGGGGGCUGUGAAGGAGGACAAGGCCAUGGCCUCCUGGUUCAGCUGGAACGAUGAGCCUUAUUACCGGAGCCCCCGGCGGGACCCGGCCGACGUGGUCACCGACACCCUGAUGCUGGAGUUCAGCUGGCAGCUGAAGGAGGCGGAGAGGCAGCAGAAAGAGAGGGAGAAUGAGUACCGGCGUCUCAAGACUGGAGUGGACUACAGCUGGCUGGUCAGCACGCCUCGCUCCUCCUAUAGCAUCAGCACCGGAGAGAGGCUGGGCCUGGAGGACCUCUGCUCCAAGGUGCCCCCGUCCUGCUGCGGGCUGGUCAUACUCAAGUUUCGUGAGGUAAUGCAGGCCAACGAGCCUGAGGCGCAGGAGGUCUCCGGCCUCUUCCGCUCCGUCCUCAUGGAGGCUCUGGACCACCUGAAGGAGGAGCAGGAGGCGCAGCGGCUCGCCCGCCAGUGGAACAACAAACGCGCCAUGAGCAUGUCCCUCAUAAACUUUAGGUCCCGGAUCAAGAUCAACCCCUUCGGCAGCACAGUGGGCCUGACCUCAGCGGCGGCGGCGGCGGAAGGGGCAGGGUUGAGCGACCUCAAAACCGUGUCAGAAGACGUGGAGAGAGGGAUGGAGAGGGAGGAGAGGUCGCAGAGGGUGUGGAGCAUGCCUGACUUCAGAUACAAAGGAGCAAACAGCAGUAAAGUUGUCUGAAGUGGGACAGUGACUGUGAUGUUCCAGUCGGACAGAUGAGUGUUCUGCACUUUGCACCAGGCAAUGCAGGAGGAAUCCAUCCUCCUCCUUCUUCAGUAUGGCACCAACUCAGUUUUUAAUCCAUUUACUGCUUUACCUUUUAAUCUAAAAAGGUAAUGUCAGGUGUUUUCCUGAAAUCUUCUGCACCUUGACAACAGUUUCAACUGAGAUUAUCACCUCUUGCAGUGAUUCCUCUUAAAUGUUGUAGACAUUUUAUUCUGUAUUGGCGUCUAGGGGCAUUUAUUGUAGCCUGGUUGGGAUGUUUAUGUUAUAUAAUGGCUUUUGUAACCCCUAAAUGUUGCAGAAGAAAUGAAAUAUGAUGGUGUUGUUUCAUCACACAACACAAAAAGGCCUGAGAGGUGAAUGAUCUUUCAUAGCAGAGUGUUUUGCAUGAGAUUUCUGUAUAAAUCUUAUACAAAGAGGACGUUUUGAGACUAAUUUUUGCUAACAGUGAGUGCUGACAUUUACGUCGCUUAGAGAGUGAGUCAUGCUCUCUCUCUCUCUAUAAAACUGCACUUUGUUUUCUUCCAACAGCACAAAAAGACUCUGCACAAUAAUUUAUCAUCCAAGGUCAGCAGGCUGAAAGCUUUCCUUGUGUUUGGUUGAAAAAGAAGAGAUGCAACGAAAUGAUCACUAAAUGUUACCACAUCUUUCUGAGUGAAACAUUUCAACGUCAAAUGCAGCAGUUAAUUGCCGUUUCUUUUCUUUUUGUCACACAUCAAAAUUCAACAGUUACACAACACCAUCCAUAUAAAGCUUUCAACUGGUUUGACACAGGGGGACUAACAGUGAUUGUAUUUUAUAUAUAAAUGUAAUAAAAUGAACGAUGCUGAAACAAAACGGUGAUAUCAUUUGGGAAAUCAAUGUUCUGACUAAGACAUUAAGCAUCAUUUUAAACAAAAUGUACCCAU